AUGACCUUCAAAGGAUACGGCAAUUCCGAAUCUCCUGAGGCCGAUUCUCCCAAGAAGUUCAAUAAUUCUCCCACAAGAAACAGCACUCCAUCAGCUGCAAAGCCUACUGCUGAAGACCAAGGCAGUACGACUCACACCCGUUCCUCGACAGGCAGCUCCUCUCGAUUCAGUGCACGCACAGCAGUAACUGACGGAGCCUCCGAGUCUUGUUCAACAAGGGGACCGAGCCGUGUUCAAACCAAGAACACCACACCAAGCACUUCUCCAUCACCAGAGAAGCAGGAAACGAAGGAGAAGGAGAAGUAUCGAACUGCAGCUUAUCAACCAUCCCUAGCUGCUGGUGGCCCAGUAGACCUUACCAAGAGCUUUACUCCAACCGCUCACGGGACAUUCUCCUUAGGAGGAAGCAAAACGACAAACCCUGGCGAGACUGCUGUAUCACCAACUGCCAAUGUACCAACCCAGACUGGAACAAAUGAGAAUGCCACUGCAACUGCUCAACUUGCACCAUCUCGGGACGCCGAUGAGGAUGAAUCAAUCACCCCAAAGGCUGUAACACCAGCCGCGCCUGCAAUUGCGGAUCCUUUGGGAGUAGCGCCGGAGGAAGCAAGUGAGCAUUCAAAUGUGGGUGGACAGUUUAAUAGGGGUGUGAAUGGUGCCACGAACGAACUCGCGAAUGGUAGAAGAGGUUCCGCCGAUCCACUAUUCGUUAGACGACGAGCGGGAAUAGGCAGCUCAAAUCCUAUGACAGAGAGCAGUGUUGUCGGUGCGGCUACUGUCGCGAUCCCACCUGAAGUUCGUCUUCGUGCAGAUUCUGCUACUCCCGUACCUCUCAUGAAUCCCAUCAGUCAACCUUUACCGACAAGCAUUGCCAGCUACCAACGCCGAUUGUCCCGAGAGAAUCGGGAAGAAUUGGAGAAGCAGCGAGAAAUGCUUGAACGAGCCAAACAAGAUCGAUGA